GGAUCACUCAGCGAGCCUCAGAGUCUCGCACUAGUUUGGAGACAGUUCCAGCAGCACCGGUAUGGCUCUCUGAUCCUGCUGCCUGCCCCUGACUGAGCAUCCCUGUCCCAGCAGCAGCCUGAUCCACAGCCACCCCCCAGAGCAUGACAGGGGUGUAUGAGAGGAGGGUCCCCAGCAUCCGCACCAGUGACUUCCACUCUUCUUUCCAGUCGCCCAGCAUCAUGCACCAUCCGUCCCAGGACUCCCCCACCUUGCCUGAGUCCACAGCCACAGAUUCGGGUUACUACAGCCCAGGAGGGGCUACUGCUCACCCGCACCAUGGCUACUGCUCGCCCACCUCGGCUGGCUAUGGGAAGGCGCUGAAUGCCUAUCAGUACCAAUACCAUGGGGUGAAUGGAUCUGCUGGAAACUACCCUGCCAAAGCCUAUGCAGAGUACAGCUAUGGGAGCCCCUACCACCCCCACCACCAGUACAGUGGGGCGUAUAACCGGGUGCAGGCACCCAGCAGCCAGCCAGAGAAGGAGGUGGCAGAGCCGGAGGUGCGGAUGGUGAACGGGAAGCCGAAGAAGAUCAGGAAGCCGCGGACCAUAUACUCCAGCUUCCAGCUGGCAGCGCUGCAGCGGCGGUUCCAAAAGACGCAAUAUCUGGCGCUGCCGGAGCGGGCGGAGCUGGCGGCCUCGCUGGGGCUGACGCAGACACAGGUGAAAAUCUGGUUUCAGAACAAAAGAUCUAAAAUCAAGAAGAUCAUGAAGAACGGUGAGCUCCCCCCAGACCACAGCCCCAGCUCCAGUGACCCCAUGGCUUGCAACUCUCCCCAGUCUCCUGUGGUUUGGGAGCCCCAGGGGUCCUCAAGAUCUCUCAGCCAUCACCCACAUGUGCAUUCUCACCCCCAGACCUCCAACAACUCCCCGGCGUCCACUUACCUGGAGAACCCCAGUGUCUGGUACCCGACAGCCAACUCCCUCAGUUCUCACUUACAGAACCACGGCUCCCUACAGCACCCCUUAGCACUGGCGUCUGGGGCACUCUACUAGACACAAAAAAAAACAAAAAACUUUUAUUAAUAUUAUUAUUAUUAUUUUUGGACAAGCACGUUUCGUUGUUACGGAAAAAUACAAAAGAGAGAGAAUGCAUAACACGGAUUUUUUUUUUUAAAGCAAAGUAUAUUGUGUAAAGCUUGUUGCAUGUAAUUUAUUGCAUUUCGAAGGAAAGUUUUGUUUUUAUACAGAUCGACUUUGACACAACUGUGGACACUAUUAACAAUGGUGCCUUCAAUCUAUGACCUCAUUUUUUUCCCAGAGACUUCUCCCUCCCCCCUCCCCCCCCAGUGUUUAUUAUACCUUUUGUAAAUAAAUGUAGAUAGAGGAAUUAAACUGUAUAUUCUGGAUUAAUAAAAUUAUUUCGACCAUGAGAAA